CCCCCCCACCCCACUAAAGCUGCUGCUCGCUAGCCGCUGCGCUACCCUGCUUUGCCUGUGUAAGCUUUGAUAGCAAUAUGCUCUUGAGAGCAGGGAGGAGAUUGCCCUACACCGUCUCUUUAUAAAGGUCUGGGAAAGACGAAUCCUGUUGCAAUCCUAAAAAGUGUAUAGCUGUCAGCAGCUGCACACGGGGAAAGCUCCCUCUUAGAGCAAUGAAACAAUUUCUUCUCCAGUCGGUGAGCAGCCCAGAGUGGUUGGUGAUAUUAUGAGCCUCCUCGGCUGCCCUGAGGAGUGAAUGGGGGGCUGUCGGAAAGUCAGACAGCUGCUGGUGGCCACCAACCUCUUGGUGCAAGGGAUUAAGAAGAUCCAAGAAGUUUCCAGACAUACUGAUGGGCUCUGUUGGUGAGCUCUGCUAUCCCACCAUGACGAUGGAAAAAUCAGCAACUGGAGAACUCACCUUGGCUCCUUUGGUCACUUGCAAGCUCUGUCUUUGUGAAUAUUCUCUGGACAAGAUGACCACUCUGCAGGAAUGUCAGUGCAUCUUUUGUACGUCGUGCCUGAAACAAUACACACAGCUGGCAAUUCGAGAAGGAUGUGGGUCUCCCAUCACUUGCCCUGACAUGGUGUGCUUAAAUCGUGGUAGCCUACAGGAAUCAGAGAUUGCCUGCUUGGUAUCAGUGGAUCAAUUUCAGCUCUACCAACGGUUGAAGUUCGAAAGAGAAGUCCAUUUGGACCCUUGCCGGACGUGGUGUCCUGUUGCUGACUGCCAGACUGUGUGCCAUAUUGAACAGAAUAAUUCAGGACAGCCCACAAAGGUUGAAUGUCCUUCUUGUCACCUGACAUUUUGCUCAUGUUGCAAAGAUACCUGGCAUGCUGAUCGCUCUUGUCAGGACAGCCAGCCUGUUGUUGUCUUACCAACAGAACAUGGAGCCCUCAUUGGGAUGGAUGCAGAAGCUCCCAUUAAGCAGUGCCCUGUUUGCCGGGUCUACAUUGAACGGAAUGAAGGCUGUGCUCAGAUGAUGUGUAAGAAUUGUAAGCACACAUUCUGCUGGUACUGUCUCCAGAACUUGGAUAAUGACAUUUUCCUCAGACAUUAUGAUAAAGGGCCCUGUCGGAAUAAACUGGGUCACUCCCGAGCCUCGGUGAUGUGGAACCGAACACAGGUUGUAGGGAUUCUUGUGGGAUUGGGCAUCAUUGCCUUGGUGACCUCGCCUCUGCUGCUACUGGCCUCCCCCUGCAUCAUCUGCUGUGUUUGCAAAUCCUGUCGGGGCAAGAAGAAAAAGCAUGACCCACCAACUACUUAAAAUCCUUCACCUUGUGGGCAUGUAUGUCCAGGAUAUGUGAGGUAUCCUGAGUAAGGACCUGGUUAUGGUGCCCUCCUUAGCAGACUCGUCUCCUUGUCGUUGCCAACCUUUGGAAGUGCCUAUUGUCUGCAGGCUUUGAACUUGCUUACAAGUCUUCAGUUUGGGGAAAAGCUAAGCUUUGUGUUGCGAUUUGAAGAACACCUGGUUGUGAAGUCCAGACUAUGAAUGUGGAAUAUGUCUGGAAACUUUGGGGUUGAAUGGGAAGGAUCAGCAUCAUUUUGUCAUCUGAAACUCCAUGAUUUCUGGACUGGUCAUCUUGCGGCCAAGGAGAAGGAGCCUGAGGAAAGACCUCCUGUCCCAACAAACUGUAUUGUCAUGAUUAUAACAUGUAUGACAGGAGUGGGGGCGGGGAGAGAUGGAAAUGCCAUCUUGGCUAGAUAUGUUUGUUUUUCUACGAUGAUAGAGUAGAAUGCACAGGCACAAAAUCUUCAGUGUGUGUGUAUGUGGGUGGGGGGAGUGGUGAGGUGGGGAAGGAUUCACUUAACAAAGGAAAGAUCUAAGACAUACAGCCAACCAUGUAUGUUGGGGGAUGAAUCUGUAGAAAUGGUAUCUUUGGUGUUAGGGGGGUCACGUUCAAAUAUUUGUGGAAAGUUCUGGGUUAUUUCUUUGUAGCCUCACCCAGGGGAAAAGAAGCCUUCAGAAGGGGUCUCAGUUUUGAAUAAGAGGAUUCAUGGAAUGAGAGUAAUGGUAAUAAGCCUGUUCCAACAUCUCCACUUACCAAGUCCGAUUUUCCUAGGAGACCCUUGUCUCCCCUAGUUAAUGGACCUAUUUCAGACAUGUGUUUUAUGUGAGAGAACAGAGGUCAGUGUGGUCAAAACCCUCUAAGUCUUCAUUAUAGAAGACUGUAGGCACCAUAGUUUGGCCUUACAGUCUUGGAGAUUUAAGAUGUGGAACGGGGUCUAAAAGCAGGUCCCAUCAACAAAUAUAGGUCAUAAAUACCCUGUCUACCAUAUAUCCAUCUGGUCUCUACCUUGAAAGAAAUCCCCAUUGCAUAUCCAUGUGAAGCCAGUCUAGAAAUACCCAAAUGUAAUGAAGAUAAACAAUUCCUAAGAAAAGGAAUGAAAAUGAGAUCUUCCCUUUCACACUGAACAUGCUCUAUUUUGAACUGGUCACCAGAUCUGUUACUAACUGAAUAUGUCCUGAGUCUUGUCAUAGAGGUAGAGACUAUGACUCUAGCGCCAUGCCAGGGUGGAAAGCAGCAUUUUUAGUUCCCUUAAUGUUUUCCUUUUAGAGCAGGUUCUCCCAUUGGCUGAGCACAAGAUGUGGAUUUCCGGUGUACAUAGAUAGAAUUGUACUAUUUGUGCAGGCUACAGUCCCAUCUCACCCCCUUAGUUGGCAGUUUCUUGAGUUUCAGUAGCCAAACAGAAAGCCAGUGAUCUAGAGGUCAGUUUCUGAUCAUGAGCCUCUCUGUACUUAGGUUGAUCCUCAGAGGUCAGUGGGGCCUUUCCCUCAGCUCAUGAUCAUAGCGUUUAAAGCUUGAUGGGACCCAUGAGGGUCACCAAGCUGGUCAGCCUUUUAGAACCCUCCACACCCCAGUGAGGCCUCUAGGUAGAAGACAUUAGUGAAAAAGCACCAAAUGGAGUACUAAUUUUAAAAACCAAUUUAUAAUAGAUUGGUUGAGAGGAAAAUGCACAAACUCCAUUUUUCUGAGACUUAUGUCACUUUAUGGAUGCUUGUGGGUCUGCUUUUCCUAUAGCUCCAUAACUUUAACUUUUUAAGGACAUCUAUAGUAUAUUUGGUUGGUAGUCUAUGCUUAGUGCAUAAAAAAUUAAAUAAAUUCUGAUCCUAAGGGUUCAUGGUCAUCUUCCUCUAAAGCUAAUGGCUCUUCAGAAACUAUCUGGAUAUACAGUAUUUACUGAUAUACUUGGCUAGUUGACAUAGAAGAUGGCCCUAGUUCAGGGCCCAGUCAGUCACAUAUGCAUUAUUAAAGGACAAAGGUUUACUCAGGCAAGAAGGUAGUGGGGAUACACAUUUUUAAAGCACUUUAAGUCAUACAUGUUAUAUAUUGAUUUGUCUUUUUUUUUUUUUUGCCAUCCCCAGCACUUAGCAUAGUGCUUGUCACACAGUAAGCACUUAAUAAAGGCUUCUUGAUUGAUGGUGUUGAAUUAAA